CGUCCACUCGCUGUUCCUGCGUACGGUCGAGGUACGGCUGCUUCUUCACCGACUUGGAGGGGAACCUUCUGACUCGGCAUGAUCCUGGGUGAUACCGGGUGUGUAGGGUGAACGAUGGGCUCUGUGCUGACGGCGAUCGGCGUGAACAAGAAGAAAGUCAAAGUACAGGAGGAGAGACACUUACGAGCGAAUGACCGAGAGUUUAAUCUGUCCUUCCGCUAUGCUAACAACGCCAUCAAGACCUCGAAGUACAACGUCUUCACCUUCCUGCCGCUCAACCUGUUCGAACAGUUCCAGCGACUGGCUAACGCUUACUUCGUCUUCCUGCUCAUCCUGCAGUUGAUUCCGGCGAUCUCGUCUCUGUCCUGGUUCACCACGGUGGUUCCUCUGCUCCUGGUGCUCUGCAUAACUCUCGCCAAAGACGGUUCAGACGACAUCAACAGACACAGAAAUGACCGACAGGUGAAUAACAGGAAGGUGGACGUGCUGAUUGAUGGACAGUUGAGGACGGAGAAAUGGAUGAACGUUCAAGUGGGCGACAUCAUCAAGCUGGAGAAUAACCAGUUUGUCACGGCUGAUCUACUGUUACUGUCCAGCAGUGAACCGCUCAACCUCAUCUACAUAGAGACCGCAGAGCUGGACGGUGAGACUAAUCUGAAGGUGAAACAGGCUCUGACAGUAACGGGUGAUUUGGGUGGAGACAUUAAUAAACUGGCAGCUUUUAAUGGCGAGGUGCACUGUGAGGCUCCCAACAACCGUCUGGAUAAGUUUACAGGGACGCUGGCGGUGCGAGGGCAAACGUACGCUCUGGAUAACGAGAGGAUCCUGCUGCGAGGAUGUACGCUGCGGAACACCGACUGGUGCUUUGGCCUCGUCCUGUUUGGAGGUCCGGAUACCAAGCUGAUGCAGAAUUCUGGGAAGUCGGUAUUCAAGCGUACGAGUAUCGAUCACCUGAUGAACUUGCUGGUGAUUAUCAUCUUCGGCUUGCUCCUGUGCAUGUGCACGGCUCUGGCCAUCGGGAACUCGGUCUGGGAGCAUCAGGAGGGCGAGCCGUUCAUCGCCUUCCUACCUCGGCAGGACGGUGCCGACGCCAACCUCUCCAGCUUCCUGUCCUUCUGGUCCUACGUCAUCAUUCUCAACACGGUGGUGCCCAUCUCGCUCUACGUCAGUGUGGAGAUCCUCCGGCUGGGGAACAGCUACUUUAUAGACUGGGACAGAAAGAUGUACCACGCCAAGAGUGACACUCCGGCUCAGGCCAGAACCACCACGCUGAAUGAAGAGCUGGGUCAGAUCAAAUACAUCUUCUCCGACAAGACGGGAACCCUAACGCAGAACAUCAUGACCUUCAACAGGUGCUCCAUCAACAGCAAGUCAUACGGUGAAGUUGUUGACUUUUCUGGGCAGAGGGUUGAAAUAACCGAGAAAACAGACAAGGUGGACUUCUCGUGGAACCUGUUGGCAGAUCCGAAGUUCUCCUUCCACGAUCAUGCUCUGGUGGAAGCAGUGAAGCUCGGAAAUCCAGAAGCUCAGGCUUUUUUCCGUCUGCUGGCGCUGUGCCACACUGUCAUGCCAGAGGAGAAGACCGAGGGUGAGCUGUUCUACCAGGCUCAGUCUCCGGAUGAGGGAGCUCUGGUCACCGCGGCGCGAAACUUGGGCUACGUGUUUCGUUCCCGAACCCCGGAGACCAUCUCUGUGGUCGAGAUGGGGGUCCACACCACCUACGAGCUGCUGGCCGUACUGGACUUCAACAACGUCCGCAAGAGGAUGUCGGUCAUCGUGAGGAGUCCCGAGGGCCGACUGACUCUGUACUGUAAGGGUGCCGACACCAUCGUCUACGAGAGGCUCCAUCCGUCCUGCUCCAAACUUAUGGAGGCCACAACCCAACACCUCAACGAAUUCGCCGGUGAAGGUUUGCGCACUCUAGUUUUAGCCUAUAAGGACCUGAAUGAAUCUGACUUUGCGUUAUGGAGAAAGCGCCACCAUGAGGCCAGCACUGCCAUGGACGAUCGUGAGGAGAAACUGGACGCCAUCUACGAGGAGAUCGAGAAGGACCUCAUGCUGAUCGGGGCGACAGCAGUGGAGGAUAAGUUGCAGGACGGCGUACCUCAGACCAUCGAGCAGCUCUCCAAGGCUGAUAUAAAGAUCUGGGUGUUAACAGGAGACAAACAGGAGACGGCGGAAAACAUCGGAUAUUCGUGUAACAUGUUACGUGAGGAAAUGACCGAGGUGUUCGUCAUAGCGGCUAAUACGCCAGAGGAAGUGAGAAAGGAACUGAUAAACGCGAGGAAAAAGAUGUCGCCGAGUUCAGCGGACGAGCCGCCGUACCAGCAGAGCAAGUUCCUGAGUAAGAAGUCUCCGGUGGUUCUGGAUGAGAAGGUAGACGGAGAGUACGGCUUGGUGAUAAACGGGCACAGCCUGGCGUACGGUCUGCAGAAGGACCUGCAGGUGGAGCUGUUGCGGACGGCCUGCAUGUGUCAGGCGGUCAUCUGCUGCAGGGUCACUCCGCUGCAGAAAGCUCAGGUGGUGGAGCUGGUCAAAAAACACAAGAACGCCAUCACGCUGGCCAUCGGGGACGGAGCCAAUGACGUCAGCAUGAUUAAAGCGGCUCACAUCGGCGUCGGGAUCAGCGGGCAGGAGGGCAUGCAGGCCGUCCUCUCCAGCGAUUUCUCCUUCGCUCAGUUUCGGUAUCUGCAGCGCCUCCUGCUGGUGCACGGCCGCUGGUCCUACCUGCGCAUGUGCAAGUUUCUGCGCUAUUUCUUUUACAAAAACUUCAGCUUCACCUUUGUGCACUUCUGGUACGCCUUCUUCUGCGGCUUCUCUGCUCAGACGGUGUAUGACGAGUGGUUUAUUACGCUCUAUAACCUGGUGUACACCGCACUACCGGUCAUCGGCCUCAGUCUCUUCGAUCAGGACGUGAACGACCGCUGGAGCGUCCAGUAUCCUCAGCUCUACGCGCCCGGGCAGCAGAAUCGGUACUUCAGCAAGACGGCGUUCUUUAAGAUUCUACUGCACAGCUGCUACAGCUCGCUCGUCCUCUUCUUCCUGCCGUACCUCGCCAUGCACGACACGGUGCGCGACGACGGCAAGGACAUCGCCGACUACCAGUCCUUCGCCCUGCUCGCUCAGACCUGCUUACUGUUCGCCGUCAACGUUCAGCUGGGUCUGGACACGGCGUACUGGACGGCGGUGAAUCAGUUCUUCCUGUGGGGGAGUCUGGCGGCGUAUUUCGCCGUUACCUUCACCAUGUACAGUAACGGCAUGUUCCUCAUCUUCACCUCCUCCUUCCCCUUCAUCGGCACUGCAAGAAACUCCCUGAAUCAGCCUAACGUUUGGCUCACCAUUUUCCUCACCACCAUCCUCUGUGGGUUGCCAGUUCUCGCCCUCCGGUUCCUGCUCAUGCAGCUCCGCCCCACCGUCAACGACAAGGUGCGCUAUAAAGUCCGACAGGCCAAAGCCGUCCUCCCGCCACCUCCUCGCCGGUUCCCACGGCGACGCAUGAGCACCCGUCGAUCUGGUUAUGCCUUUUCUCACGCUCGCGGUUACGGUGACCUCGUUACCUCGGGAGGUUUCUUACGCCGCCCUGUUAAGAGCCGCCCGGUGCUGUUUCCUUUGGCGGAGUCACCCGUAGCUGAGAGUUCGCCACAGAUCUACCGCAACAUCAGCGACGGCCCACGGUCCUCCUAACACACCUACUGCAUCAUCACCGAGGGCCCACGGUCCUCCUAACACACCUACUGCGUCAUCACCGAGGGCCCACGGUCCUCCUAACACACCUACUGCAUCAUCACCGAGGGCCCACGGUCCUCCUAACACACCUACUGCGUCAUCACCGAGGGCCCACGGUCCUCCUAACACACCUACUGCGUCAUCACCGAGGGCCCACGGUCCUCCUAACACACCUACUGCAUCAUCACCAAGGGCCCACGGUCCUCCUAACACACCUACUGCAUCAUCACCGAGGACCCACGGUCCUCCUAACACACCUACUGCAUCAUCACCGAGGGCCCACGGUCCUCCUAACACACAUCAGACUGUAGUAACAAACGGCGCACCCCUAGGGAACUCACAGAGACACGGGGAGAACAUGCAAACUCCACACAGAAAGGACCCAGACCACUCCACCUGGGAAUAGAAGCCAGGACCUUCUCGCUGUGAGGCGGCAGUGCUACCCACCGAGCCACCGAUGCUGUCUGAAAUCAAAUGAAAGUGAAAGUCACUGCAUGAUAUGAUGUACAUUAUAAAUAAUAGUAUAAAUAAUUGCAGUUGAUAAAAUGCUUUUACUGAUGCGCCUGUAAAAAGCUUUAAAACGUGAGCGAGUGUUUCAAGGCCGUGAAUUUAAUUCUGAGUGUUCAAUGUGUUUAAUCAAACAGAAUUGUGUGAGUAGAAAGCUACAGAAAGCUACAGAAUGAAUUUUUUUGAUCUAUGUAUGAAAAGUAAUAUGAAUUCAUGCAUCAAUUUUUUUUAAUAGUGAAUUAAUAAACAGUUUUAAGUUA